AUGUCACGUAACGACAGACCGGUCCCGCCAGAGGAUCCAUCCAAAAUACCACUCGUUCCGGAUCAUUUCGCCAACGGCUGGUCUGAGGAACUCAUGGAGGAAGCGGUUGACGGAUUCGUAAUCAUCAGCAAAUGGUGUGUGCACAACAAUAUCGAUGCUCCAAGGCGUUUGUCCAGCUAUGCCAAACCUCUCUACCCAGAAAGUAUUCCUCGCUUCAAAUCUCUCAAUGAUUUUCACGAAUAUACACGUAGCGCCACUGUCAAAAGAAAGUUGGUCUUGGAGCAGGCGAGAUUCAUCAGUGAAAAGUACGUUGAGAGACGUACAAUGUUGUCGAAGAACAUCUCGCGUAUCACAGCAAAUCUUUGGAGUGUGGUUCCGGAAAGAGAAAAACGUGUGGAGUAUGCAAACUAUGUGAACUUUAUGAUGACAUACAAGGAGAUGUACUAUUGGAUUGGAACUGUGAUGGAGAGCGAAUUCAACAAUGGUCUUCGCUCCUUUGCCUCGUGUGAAGUGAUCGACGCUUUUUAUGAUUACUAUCCUACUGUACGUUCAUGCUCCAACAGCAAAGUUGUGGACAUCACCAACUUCACGUUCUUGCUCUACAUUCGUGAUAGGAUCACUACCUCUCUUCGUGAUCACUAUCGCAUCCUGUUGCCAAUGCUUCGCAGAGAGAAAGUCAUUGAAUAUGACUCGAGAAAUUUUGAGAAGUACCAACCGUUCGACUACGAAUGGCUCGCAGGAUCUGUUGUUUCUGGAGAAUAUGAGCUAGCAUUCGCAAAGUUUAUCACAAUUGCUCGUAUGAAUCAACUGGAGAUGUCGAUCACUCGCGCUUCAAUUGUAGCCGCAGAGCAAGAGAAAGAACUCAACUUCCUUUGGAACCCGAAGACUCCAUUCCCAAGAACUCCAACUGACGCAAAAUGGGUUGCAGAAAGUCUCCAAGUUACUGAGAGAAGACUUCGUCAAGAUUUCGUUCGUUGCCACAAGGUUAUUAAAACCGAUGGCAACGAAAAUGACGACAACGUUGUUUACGUGACAAGUCUUGAACAAUUCAAUGACUUCUGUGGAGCUGUUCGAGUCAAGAAACGUAAAGUGAUGAACACCCUGUUCCGCGCUCACAAGAACCAGCUGAAGCAGAAGUUCAGAGUGAUUGGCCUUCUCGCUACAUUGGAUGGAUUGUUGCUCAUUCUUCAGAAAGUUUUUGGCUUGUAUGCAGACAAAGAGAAAGGUCUUUACGGCGAAGCCAUUCCUCAAAUUGUGCUCAAGGCUGCUGUUGACGUCUUCAAAUUGACCACUGAGGAACGCUGCUACCGUGAUACUCUGGACUCAGAAAUCGCUCACGCAUUGGAGACGCUACGUGAGCAAAUUCAUAUUGCGGUCAAGAAGUUCUACACAACACAAGAAAUGAUCUGCGAGAAGCACUAUACCACCGUGGUACCGGAGGGACCAGCAAGCUACCAAAGUUUCAUCAUGGAUAUUUCUUCCGAUCAAUUCCCACCAGCUAUUGCAAAGGAAGCGGAAACCAUGAUGUGGCACUUGCGAGAGCAGCAGAAGGAGAGAUUCCGUUUGAACAGGCAACUUCUCUACGCCAGACACGCUCCGGAAGUGUGGCCGGCGGAUGAAGGAAUCGCGUUCUUCCGUAGCAACUCAUGUACCGGCACCUCAUCAUUCUUUUCCAACUUGCCAUCCUUUGUGAACUCUGCUUGUAUUGAUCAAUUGAACGAUGUUGCCGACAAUGCCCUCGGAGAAGUCACACCGGCAAAAGCCUGCGGAGAUACCCUCUUUAAAGAACUUCAUAUGAUGAUGGCUUGCGCCGAAAGGGCUCCAACUUCGUAUGAUGUUUGUAGUGCAUUCCAUGCAGAAUUAAAGGAAGAACUUGGAGAUCAACAACGUGUCUGCGGUUACACUGCAGACAUUUUGGCUACUAUCUUGUCUCGUAUUGUGAACACGGAACUCGAAAUUUCUAAUGCAAGAAAUGUAUAUGAAAGUGGUCCAAGUGUACUAUCGUCUAGUCUCGCAUUGCUCAUGGCUGGAAAGUUUGUUAGAACCUACCUGGAUUAUGUUUGCAGCAACUCUAAAACCACACUACGCCGCUCUUCUGAAGUUUGUUGUUCUCAACGCCCAAGAAUACCAGCACCAACAGUGGAAGAUGAACCAAUUAUGAGAUUCUAUCAAAACGGCGUUGAAAUCGAACCUCCGAUUUAUGAGAGCGAAUCUGACUACGCAACUGACGAGGGACCAGAUCCACGCAUGGAGAGAGAAACUGAUGAGGAAUUGGAAGACGAGGAAGAGGAGCAAGGAGAGGAACAACAACGUGGGCGCAGGUUCGAUGUUAACGAUGCUGCUAAUAUUGCUCUCCUUCUCAAUACUCUUGUGGACUCUAACGUCCUCUAUUUCCAGCCAGAAGAACAAUUAGCAGAAAUUCCGGAUGAAGUGAUCGACGGUUUCCUCUCCCAUCUUCAUUCAGUUCAUCUCUACGACGACGUCGAUAUGACCGACCCAAUUUUUGACUUUGAUGUCGACGAGUGA